GCAACCAGCGACUAGUACGACGACAAACGCAUGGGGCAGCCGUCGGGAAAUAAAGGAAAACUCGCCGCCUGCUUUUCUCUGCAUAACACCAACACAUUCUGAGUGCUGUUCUCAUCUUCCUGUUCUCUGCUCGCUCCUGCUCAACGUCAUGCACAAACAGAAGAGCAGGGGGUUGUUCUCUACUAGCAGGGAUAUGUCAAUACUGGCUGCUCUGCUGUGAGCUGGUGGCUGGUGGAAAUCGCCAUUGAAACUUUGCUAAGCUAAUCCUAGCCGAGAAUCCCGUCGCGUACGGUCGGUCGGAGUGUCUUUUCUUCGGUCAAAGUGUGAAAAUUUGCAGCAGAGUGUUCCACUGUGGUGCUGAAAGUGACGAAAUUCGCGUUUUUCCGCGCGAUUACCCACAAAAUCGAAGGAUUUGUUCAGGCAGACGGGCUCGGAAAAAGGAAAAUCGAACGCAAAAGUGCACAAUACACAGUGCAGGAAGGACUCUGCCCCUUCACGAAUUCGCGGUGCUCGGCUCUCGGCGCUCCGAUGGUUCUCCUCGCGUAUACGUAGAAUAUUGAUUUUUCAAAGAAGGUGGAGAAUUCAAGACACUGAAUACGAGUGUUUUGAAGGGUUUUAAAGUUCGACACGACCAGAAUCGGAUAUGAAUUAGAAGGCAAAAUGUUGGAAAUCCCAGGCUGUAACAGUGAUUGAUCACAUCGCAGAAGAUUUUUCAGUGCAUUUCGAGUAUUGGUUCACGUAAGGGGAAGCAAAUGUGUCGAGUGAAUUCUGUUGAAAUCGACCGAAGUAAGCGGUGAAAUUUGUGUCUAGUUUCAUACAGCUAUUUCGUACGGAUUAGAAGAAAACCAUCGUAGCAGUCGGGUUUAGUGAUUGGAAGGAAAACGGCCAACUACGAUCCUACUAUCUACCAUCAUCUACUGAAGUAAAAUGAGCAGAGAAGUGCAGAAGGAAAACAGUACGCCUUCCAACGAGGCUCAUCAAUAUGUGGGGCCGUAUCGUCUGGAACGAACGCUGGGGAAAGGUCAAACUGGCCUCGUAAAAUUAGGAGUGCAUUGUGUCACCGCGAAAAAAGUAGCAAUUAAAAUUAUCAACCGGGAGAAGCUCAGUGAAUCAGUGCUGAUGAAAGUGGAACGAGAAAUAGCUAUAAUGAAACUAAUUGACCACCCACACGUCCUUGGCCUGACGGAUGUCUAUGAAAAUCGGAAGUAUUUAUAUCUGGUGCUGGAGCACGUUUCCGGUGGUGAGCUGUUCGACUAUCUCGUGAAAAAGGGACGACUCACGCCCAAGGAGGCGCGGAAGUUCUUCCGGCAAAUUAUCUCCGCGCUGGAUUUCUGUCACUCGCAUUCAAUAUGCCAUCGGGAUCUGAAGCCGGAAAAUCUCCUACUGGACGACAAGAACAACAUCAAAAUAGCGGACUUUGGAAUGGCCUCCCUGCAGCCGGCGGGGUCGAUGCUGGAAACGUCGUGUGGUUCUCCCCAUUACGCCUGCCCGGAAGUGAUUAGGGGUGAAAAGUACGAUGGCCGCCGGGCGGAUGUUUGGUCCUGCGGUGUGAUCCUGUACGCUCUGCUGGUCGGUGCGUUACCCUUCGACGACGAUAACCUGCGGCAGCUGCUCGAGAAGGUGAAACGGGGAGUGUUUCACAUUCCACACUUUGUGCCACCCGACUGCCAGAGCCUGCUGAAGGGCAUGAUUGAGGUGAACCCGGAGAAACGACUCACGUUGUCGGAAAUCAACAAACACCCCUGGGUAACCGCUGGCGGCAAGGGGGAACUGGAACUGGAGCUGCCCAUGAUGGAAGUCGUCCAAACGCACGUGAUCCCCAACGCCACCGCCGUGGAUACGGACGUUCUCAACGCAAUAUGCUCGCUUGGUUGUUUCAAGGAAAAGGAUAAACUGAUCCAAGAGCUGCUUAGUCCUAACCAUAACACAGAGAAGGUGAUCUACUUCCUAUUGCUAGAUAGAAAAAGACGACGACCGGCCGUCGAGGACGACGAAGACGUACUCCGACCACGGAACGACAUUAUCGAAAUUGCUGACCCGCCACGGAAACGACUGGACACGUGCAGGAUCAACGGUAGCAGCGGUCUCGUCUACGGUCAGAUUAGCGAAGGCUCUCCACUGACCUCUCGGCGGCAAACCUUCAACAAUGGCCGCAGCCACAGUAGCAGUAGGCGAUCUCCAUCGUCGGUUCCCCUGUCCCGAAGCUCAUAUCAAAGCCCAACCCGAGGGGUGGCCGUCAAUUCCAGUCAGCCGCUCUCUCAACUGCAUCCUCCAUCCUCUCCAAAUUCGGUAGUGAAUCGACAUGCGAACUACGCGUGUCGAGAUAGGAAAUCGCAAAUGAUCGAAUCUUCGUCACCUGUACAUCAUCGAGCCAAUUCUGGACCGGCCAUAACCGUGGGUCUGUUUUCGGAAACCGAUUCCAACAAUAUGACAUCCUCAAUAAACGCCAUUCCUGGAUCUCCGAUCUUGGGUAGCCCACAGCAGCUGUCAGCCGUUAACACCGGUAGCCAACUGUGGAAAACAAGGUUGACGAACAUCAAGAACAGCUUUCUCGGUAGUCCCAAGUUCCAUCGGAGGAAACUUCAAAUUUCAACCGAAGAAGUGCAUCUUACACCGGAAUCUUCACCAGAGCUGACGAAAAAAUCAUGGUUCGGCAACCUGAUGACCACGGAGAAGGACGAAACUUUUACAGUGCUCGUCAAGGGGAAGCCCCUUGCGACGGUCAAAGCUCAUCUCAUCCACGCCUUUCUAUCGAUGACCGAGUUGUCGCACAGCGUCCUGUCGCCGAUGUCCUUCCGGGUGGAGUACAAACGCGGAGGCACUGGACCGACCAUGUUCCAGCGGCACGUCCGGAUACAGGUCGACAUCAACACGAUCUGCAAACAGGGUGACGUGAACGAUAUGCUGUUCGCCAUCACGUUCACGCUGAUCUCGGGAAACAUUCGUCGCUUCCGGCGCAUCUGCGAGCACAUCCAGGCGCAAGUGUGCUCCAAGCGCUACCCGGCGGCGCUGGCCAGUCCAACGAAUCAACACAACAACAAGGUUUCCACGACAACGGUCGCCGAGAGCAUAUCGUGCGGGUCGGACUCGAGCGAUCGGGUCAACUACAACAAGCACGAAUCGGACAUAGAACCGGAGACGUUCUACGAUAACUCCAGCAUUGGUAAAGCUCGGCGAUCCUCAGCCACGUCGUCCAACAAGAACUCAGUGUCAUCGGACGAGAUUGAAAUCAAAACCGUGCGAUCCAGCUCCGAGUCAACUGAACGCGACCGUGAACGCACCGCAGAGCGAACGGCGGCAAUGUCUGGUAGUGCGCUAGUAUGAGAGUUAUUUCUCUGAUAGGAUUUACCGAACACCAUUCCCCUCGACGGUGACGAUUCGGUCGAGUCCCAGUCCAGAAAUGCGCCACUUCAACAGCGGCCAGAGCCCUCGUCACCGUCGGUGGUGGCGGCAGAUGCAGAGUCUACUAGCGACACUUUUACGCUAUCCGUAUCUACUGCUAGUACUGAUCCUAUUGCUCCUACCAGCGAUUCCACGCGCUUUGUCCAACCUAACACUCCGAGUAAUGAAACCUCACAUCCGAACGCAAACUGAGCGAAGUAGGCGAGCGAGCGAACAGGUUUACCAGACAAAAAUGCAACACUCAUCAAAGUUGGCUUGAUGUUUUUUAGGGAAGAAUAUCUAAAACCACGAAUUAAUUUCAUUCAAAAAAGUUGAUCCUCAAAUCCGAUCCACGCCAAUAGAGAAUCCCAUCCAUCGUAGCAGAUUCAAGGAAUUGAUUUUCUACGGUCAAAUCUCAUCACUCAAAAUCAUGAUGUAAUUACUAACCAACCUGAUCUCCAAGAAGUUGAACGUAAGCUCCAAACGAUGACACAGGUCUAAGUCAAUUCGGCUUUCUAGAACGCAUUAAGAUGUAACGUCAAACUAUUUUCAAUUUCAACAUACACACACGUUAUUGGAAACACAUUCUUUGAACUUACAACUUUUCAGCGCAAGAUCAAAA